GCUAGGCGCGAAAUAUGAGAAGGACUAAAUCUCGCGCUGCACUGUAUUGCAUUGGAUGACGUCACAUCUCUUGAUCAUGGCCUCUACAACUAGAUCGACGUCUUAAACUCUGUAGUCUUCAAUUUACAGUUCUGUAACAGUUUCUAGAUUUUAAACUGGCUAAUGUUGGCCAAUGAUUGUUGGGAGACUGGCAGCAUCUGUCUGACAAAAUGAUUGACGAAAACGAGGUUGCCGUUAUAUUGGAAAAUUACAAAAGGAUCUUAAGAAUUCAAAGUGAUGCCAUGGACUGCUGUAGCUCUUCUUCAUCAUUACACCUCGGAGACCCAGAGCUGAACAAGAGCAGUAACCGAGGGUGGGAUGAUGAAGCGGAGUUGUCUUACUACCCUGAUGCCUUCACAAAAGUGUUGGAUGAGGAAGGUCUUCUCAAAUAUAGCAAUCCCAUCUCAAGAAUGCCUGUGUUGUCCUUAUGCUAUGGAUUCCUUAACUCUGAGCUGCUAACAUUAAGUUUGACCUACAUGGAUGAAAGAAAGUAUAGGGAAAGCUAUCAGAACAUGGAUGAUGAUAAAAGAGAGACCUACUGCAGCCUGUUCUCGAGUCAGUUCUCAAUGCAACCUUUAGUGGAUGGUUUACCCGAGUCUGUCUGGCUGGAGUGUGUGGAGCCAACAUUAGCCAUUCUAAAAGCAUUGAAUUCACUCAAGAGACGUAAAUGUAACCUGAGCAUCAGAAAAUCUACCAUGAAUACUGUUGACAGUACUGCUGGUUGCCAUGGUGACUAUGAAGCAGUCCCACUUAUGUUCAACCCUUUUCUUCAUGGCCAUCACCUGAGAUUGUUGAGAGUUCAAUUCCUAGCUCUGGAAGGUGUGUUGAAUGCGCAGUAUGGAAAUAAUCAGGACGAGGUCCAACGAAUGGAUGGAGGCCCCCAAGUCAGGGUGGAUCUCAACAAUAACAUUGUGAUGAGGAGGCACAGAAGACUUCACCAUAACAGGCCUUACGAGGUCCCACAGCAAGUGCAUCUAAAUAAUAACAACGCAAUGAACAAUGCCAAUAUCUUUGGUGAUCUGAUCCGCGGCGCCAAUAGUUUAAUACGGAAUAUGGGUGAGAUUAGAGAGAUGUAAUUGAUGAAGUCUUUCAGCAUCACAACCAAGAUCUGACUGGACUAAUCUGUGACUUCUCUGAAUGAAGGCAUGGCCCAGAACAUUUCUCCAAGAAUCAAUAAUAGCAACUUAACCUAGAACAGAGAUAGUGACUCUGAAUUCUUAGUUUCCUUCUCUGAUUAUUUAGCCGCCAUAGAAAAAAAACAAUUUACAAAAGCAAGGAUUGAAACAAAUGAGUUUAUAACAAAACAACAAAAAAAAACAAUUAAAAAAAAUAAAGAGGCCAAAAAAAUUCAUUUAAUAAAUUGUCUUUAUUUAAA